CAGAAAAAAAAGAAGUAAAUACAUAUUUAUUUAAAGUGUGAUCAAUCACAAUAAAAACAAAUUGUUUCAUAUAAAAAAACCUAAUUAUAAUCAACUUCUUGCUUAUUCUUAAAAUAUUUGCGUUAUGAAAAUAGAUUUGCUAUUUUUUACUCUCUAUCAAAUUAUGUUUCUUUUGAUGAAAAACUCUAAAGUCAUAGCAUAAAAAUCUUAAUGCAGCAUCGAGAACUAUUAAGUAAUCGCAAAUUAGUGUAACAAUUGCAGCUUUAAAUGCUAGAUUUGCAAUGCUUGGUAAGUGUGUAUACAGUGCUAACCUGGGUAUUCGCUUUUUACUACCUUAGAUUAAAGAGUAAUCUGUGUUAAAGUUUGUAAGACAUUAUGGGUGACUGACUCAAGUGGGAACAGCUACUUGUAGGGUUUCUUUAUUAAAAACGGAAAGUGUAUUUCUUGCUAAAAAGGAUGUCUAAACUGUAAUGAUAAUUUAUCUUGCUUUGAAUGUGGAAACUAUAGAACAGGUAUUUCUAUUUAAGAUUAAUAAAAAUGUGAAGUAUUAGUACCAGGUAGUUGUCCUAUUGGUACUGGAUUUGAGAAAAGAAUUAAAAGGUGCUUAGAUUGCUCUUAUGCUUCAUCUAACUACUAAACUGCAACAUCAGUAUAUCCGAUUGAUCCUUUAGUUUGUCAACCAACUGAUAUUUACUAAGCUAAGUACUGUCCAUAAAAAGCAUUUUUAUUAAAUGGAUUAUGUAUUAAUUCUUAAAGUGCCCCACCAAAAACCAAUCCAAUAUCAAUUUAAGAAUUAGAAAAAAAAUUACCUAUAGGUUGUAUGUAGGCAAUUUAUAUCCCAUCAGUUUAUUGUUAUUAAUGUAGUCCAAACUAUUAUUAUACAUUAAAUGGUUCAUAAAAAAUGUGUUCAGGUAAAAGUAAUAAUGGAGUUGGUAACUGCCCUUUAAAUAGUUUACAAGUAUGUGAUAAAUGCUCAUAGAAUGAAGCUUUAAAUUUAACAGAGGCGCCUUACAAUUCUUCAGACCCUGCAAGAUAGGAUAUCGACGACUAAGACCCAAGUAUGGCUUGCAAUAUAAGCAUUUAAAUAAGAUAGAGAUACUCUUACAAUAUUGAUGAGACUGUUUGCAAAUCUUUGUAAGGAUUUUUAUUUCCUCCUACUAAUCCUUCGAAUCUCUCUUAAAAGUAGGUAUGCCUAACUACUUGUCCUUCUAGCAUAGAUGAUUAAGGUUAGUAUAUAAAUUAUUAUACUUAGUGGAAAACUGUUACUUUAGAUAGUAACUAAAAUGCUAAUGUUUAAGGAACUUGCGUUACUUAAUGUAGUGAAGGAUAUGCUAUUGAUGAGUAAAACAAAUAGUGUUAACAGUGUACAACAUCAGUACCUAAUUGCAGUAGAUGCAGUAUAACUAAUUUAAAUUAAUGCAUAGCUUGUAAAUAGGGAUACUACUUGACUGAUUUAGGUACUUGUGUGAGUAGUUGCUCAAAUAUUUCUAUCACUAAAAAUGGAAUUUUAUACUGUUUGGCUUGCAAUAUAAAAAAUUGUAUUAGCUGUUCUUCAUCUUCUUAAUGCAAUUAAUGUUUGUACUAUUUUGACCCAAUUACUAAUUGUUCUACUUGUGCAGCAGGUUACUCUCAGCUAUGGAAUGACAGUUCUAAGUGCAUUGUUUGUAAUACCUAAAGCGCUUAUUUCUAUGUAAAAGACUAGAUUUGCCACGAAACAUGUGGAAAAGGUUACAGAAUUAAUGAUGAAUUGUAGUGUGAUGACGGAAAUUUAAUAAACGGUGAUGGUUGUGAUUCUAAUUGUAAGAUAGAACCAAAUUUUAAGUGUUCAGGUGGAUCUCCAACAAGCAAAGAUGUUUGUUAUAAGAUAGAUGUAGAUGAAGCAAUUUAACAAAAUACAGACCCAAACUUCAAAUUUUAUGUAAGUUUCAAUGUAACUAAAUAAGGAUAGCCAUUGGUUUAAAUAGUUUUUACUCAAUAGCCAAUAAUAAAUCCAAAUAUUCCUCUAAACGAUGUAUUUCAGAUAAGUAUUAGUUCUCUCAAUCCUGACUAAUACAGCUAUAGUAUUAAAUCAAUUUCGAGCAGAUUCUUAUAACUAAAUGAUUUGGAUAAUCUUACGAUCAAAUAAAAAUAAAAGUAAGCUAAAUAGAUGGAAAAUUAUAAAAAUAAUUUAAAGCAAAGAAGAUUGUAAAAUAUUUAUGGCUUUAAUGUAUUUUUAUAAUUAAAUAACACACUUAAAAACUAGUAAGUUAUCGUUUAAGUAAAUCAAACACAAAUAAAAAACUAAAAUGGAAAACUCCUUUACAAAAACUAAGAAGUUGCACCUAUUUAAAAUUAUGUUUAUGUCAGCUCUGAAGAUAAAAAGUAAGCAGACUAAAUUGCAACAGCAGCUUAGUCAACUUAAGUAACUAUAGCUAUAUCAGGUUUGUCUUUUGCUGUAAUGAAUAACUUUUAUUCACUUAUGGCUAUUGUAGAUAUAACUGAACUUAUAUACUAUUUCCUCUUUUUGGACAUAGAAUAUCCUAAAAACGUCUUUUCCUUUUUCUAGCAAUUCGAUAAUUUUUAAAUGCCUUUCUUGCCAAACCCUUUUGAGAAUUAUGUGGAAGACGUAAAAUAAAAUUGCAAUCCCCAUGUUUACUCUUUAGAUACGGACUCUCUUUUCUUGCGUAACUCUGGAACUAAUAUUUUCGCCAUUUGUCUAUUCUUUGGUUUCUUGAUUGCCUUUAGGAUAAUCUAGAUUUUACUAAAAAAAAUUCUUGCUAAAUGUGAAAAAUUCAAUUCUUUCAUGUAUAAAUGCGCUAUGAAACUUUAGUAUAAUAUCUCAAUCGAAGUAGUUUAUGUUGUGUUUUUAAAUUUCUGUGCUUCUUCUUUUCUUCAAUUUCAAGAUACUACAGUUAGUGAUUCUACCGAAAAAGAACAUACUGCUGAAUUAGUUAAUAUAAUUGUUUUUUCUAUUUGUUUCCUUGGUCUCUUUGCAGUUCCUACCUCCUAGCUCAUUUUCUUGUACAGAAAUAGAAAAAUCAUAGAAUUCGAUCUAGAAAACUAUGAAUCUCAAAUCGAGACAAGCAUUAAUUUAGAAAGUCCUCAAGUAAAAAGACCAUCAUCUCACACAUUAUAAGAAAAGCAAAAAGAGAGAAGAAAUAUGAUAAUAAAAAAUUUGAAAAAUUGUGAUGAAACUUGCAAAGAAAAAUAGUAAAGAAAUAACGAUGAAUGUUAAAACCCAAAUGAAAAUAAGAUUAAACAGACAUCAAAAUUAUAAAAUGAAAUGUCAGAUAACUAGCUAGAUGAUGAGUAAAUAAAAAAAUUAAAAUUAGCUCAGGAGCAUAUUGAGUUUCUAGAAAAAUGGGAAGCAAUAAUAGUCGGUAUGAAAACAAGUAAUUUCAAGUUCUACUGCUUCAAUGUUAUCACUUACUAUAGAAAGAUGAUCAUAAUGGCAAUCAUAAUGUGUCUAAUGGAUUAUACAGAAAUACAAGUGCAAUUACUUGUUUUUUAACAUAUUUGUGUUGCUGUUUACAUCACAAAAUACAUGCCUUUUGAGAAAUUCGCAUAAAAUAUUAUAAAUAUAUUAUCAGAAAUUCUCUUUAUUUUAUUGGAGUUAUUCGUAAUUCGUCUUUCUUCGUAGGCUGUUGAUUAAGCUGAUUAAGAUGAAAGAAAUCACAUUGGUUUGUGGAUUAUUUGCUUCUUUUUAUCAAUUAUAGGCAUUCAUAUUUUGCUUAUGAUAUAUGAAACUAUACAUAAAAUUUAUGAGAUUAUCCAUGAUAAAAUAGGGCGUAAAAAGCAUAAAAUUUUAUCUAUUGUUGUUCCUUAAAACAAAUAAAUAGAAAAACAAGAAAAAAACAUAGAUUCUGGCUCUAAUUAAGCUAAUAACUCUAUAAUUAUGAAUAAAAAAACCAUGCAAGAAUCUAACAUAUAAAAGUAAAACUAAGAAAACAAAAUCACUUAAGAACCAAAAACCAUCUAAUUUAUGGAGUCGUUUGCUACUAAUAUUAGAACUCCUUAAAACAUGAAAGUUUAUAAAAGUGACAAUUUAAAAUUAAAUAUAAAAGAUACAAGUCCAUUGUCAGAGGAAGGAGCCUAAAUAAAUAAAAAGUCUUCAUCAGAUGAUGAUUAUGAAGCAGAUGAUUUCGAAAUGAAUGUCAUCAGUAAAAAUAAUGUUAAUGGGUUUAUGACACCAACAAGUACUCUUCCAAUUAAAAUAAAAAAUAGCAGAAGAAGAUCUACUAAAACUUAGGACUAAACUCCUUUUGGUAUGAAAAGCAAUAGACUCUCUGUCAUAUUUAAGAAUGAGCCAGGUUAGUAAACUUUUAAUGAGCAAGUAAAAGCUCAUUUAAAAAUCCCAUGCCUCCAAGAAAUACACGAAUGUUCAAGUUCUCCAACUAACCAAAAUAGCGAAAUCAAUCAAAAAGAGACAGACAGAUACAAAAAUUUCUAACACAUAAGUUAAUUAAAUUCUGCAAAUAGAGACUCAUAAAAUUCACUAAACUAAAAGGAAGAAAGCACAUAAGAAAAAAUAAGGCAAGCUAAAUCUAGACCUAGAAAUGUGAGUCGCUUUUCUCUUAUCAAUAUUUAAAGUGAUAACUAACUAGUUUAAUCUAAUACCUAAAUUUAAUUUUGAAAGCUAAAACUUAGUCAAUCACUAAGACAGGCAGUCAACCAACCAACCAACCAAUCAAUCAACCAAUCAAUCAAUCAAUCAAUCAAUCAAUCAUUCAUUUUGAAUAGAUGCACUUAAAUCAUAUUAUUUAUCUUAAAUUACUCCAAUUUUUCUAAAUAUUUUUUACUUAUAUGUCUAUCCAUUCACUAACAAUUCCAUAUACCUAUCUAUUAUUUAUUUAUUAAUACUUCAUUUUUACUUAUCAAAUAAUUUAUUUACAAAAACGCUUAUUCAAAGAAUAUUUUUUAAAAUAUUUAUUUGUAUUUAAAUGGUUAAUUUCUACAAU